GCGGUUUGAAGGCUGACUUGCCCAAGAACGACGUGCUCUUCUGUUCUAGGAAACAACCAAGGACACAAGAGGCUGCUGAAGACAAAGCUCUGCCAGCCAGACACAGCGAUGUGCGUGGGCCUCGCCGGGGAGGGGAAGGAGAGAUGUCCCUUUAUCAGGAGACGCCUGCGCCUGUUGACGUUCUGACAUUAUUUUCAGCUGAAGAACAGCCAGGUCCUGGAUUUCUCCGCUGACUGGCAGACUCAGGAAGCUUCGUAUUUCAACGUCUUUUACAGAAAAUCUGUGAAGUCUGAACAAGCAGCCUUCCCAAGAUGUACCAAAUAUCUCAACUGAUGUCAACACCAGUGGCAAGUGCCUCCGGGUCCAAGAAAGAACAUGCUGGAGAGCUGUCUCCCACGUGCAUUUUCACAAGUUUUGCCUGUGAUUUCCUGAAUGGUGACAGUCCCUUUGACUGCUGCUCCGUAGACCCCCUGACAGGCUCCUACCUUCCCUGCCGCCGAAGUCCCAGACUCCUCACCAAUGGCUACUACAUUUGGACAGAGGACAGUUUCCUCUGUGACAGAGAUGGCAACAUAACCCUGAGCCCAUCCCAGACCAGUGUGAUGUACAAGGAGAACUCAGUUAGAAUAUUUAGAAAGAAAAAGAGAAUCCGCCGUCCUUUCUCUUCUCUCUUCAACCUCGGUGCCUCUGAAUCCUGGCUGCAUGGAAAUAUCUUUGGUGAUGUUGACUCUUCCCCGGGUGAGGACAUCUGGAUGGAGGGAGUCAGCAGGCUGGACAUGCACCAUUGCAAUGAAAAUGGCGCUGAUUUUGACUGUCCCCUGACUGGGGACUGGGAGUCAGAGAAGCCAAGUGCAGAGUCUGUCAAAGCCUCCUCCUCGGGCCACAUCGCGCCAGAGAUGCCAGGAAAAAACUCCCACAACGUGUCCCUUCAGUCCCAGUGGAUGGCUUCUGAACAUCUCCAAGGGGACAUUUUGGAUCAUUCAAAAGCCAGUUUGUUGGGAGAGAUCGCCUUUCAAACAGUUCUGCUUGCUGCAUGCCUGAUCAUUUCUGCAUGUGCAAGGUGGCUUCUGGGAGGAGUGCUGGCCGGUAUCUUCACGUGCUCCUUGAUGAUAACUAUUGCUUAUGUUGUCAAGUUACUGUUUCUCAGCCUCGCCAGCUACUUCAAAACCACCCCCGGUGCCAGGUUUGCCAAAAUUUGACAGCCAUUCAGGAGUGCCUCUGAUGAAUGUCUUCAAUCUGAAUAUCCGGAAAUUGUCCCAUUUGCAGUUUGCUCGGAAUCAACGGCUUUCCUGGAAGGGAGUGAGCAACUGGAUACUCGAGAAAAACCAUUUAAUUUGGUUAUGUGAUUUUUUAAAAAUCCCAGUUUUGCCCUCACCGCUGUACUGUGUUUGUGAAAAUUAUAUUGAUUCAUCUUUCCCUUGCAAACGCUAGCCGUGGGAAGGAGAAGGGCUGGCAAGUGUGGUAGAGGACCUACCACCCGGGUAAACACCGUCCUACUAUUCCCUGAGGCCGCGGUUCUCGAACACUGACUUUCAUCGGAUGAUUCUGUGGGGAGCUUGUAGCAACUCGGACCCCUAGGCCUGCCCACAUGGACCCGCCCUUCGCUCAACUGCUUGAGUUGAAUAAAGAAAGCAAGUUUAUAUAACCAAUACCAACUUGAAAGUAAAUAAAUGCAGUUUAUACUUAAAAUGCAAUGUAGAAAAAGUCAUUCU